AUGCUGAUCAGUGCAUGGUUAAAUGUUUCAACUGACCCUAUAGUUGGUACCGAUCAAAAGGGGAAAACAUUUUGGAGUCGAAUUCACAACUACUGUGUAGAAUUUUGCUCCGACAUGACAAGGAGGGUAGUUGCAUGUAUGAAACGAUGGUAUAAGAUCAACAAGGUUGUUGCACAAUUUGUUGGUUGCUACGAUCAAUCUAGUCGAAACAUAAGGAGUGGUUUGAACGCUAACAAUAUAAAGGAGUUAGCCUAUAAACUUUAUUCCACAAAUUAUGGUAAAAAAUUCACUUUUGACUGGCAUUCGAACAUGCUUCGUUUGGAGCAAAAAUGGAGAAGCCAACUACCUACACAAAGUGGAGGCUCAAAGAGAACCAAGGUUAGUGCAACUGGAGCAUACUCAUCUUUAUCAAACCCAGAAACACCGUUGGCUGACGAACCCGGUGUGGACUCUUCUGUUCGCCCACAAGGAUCAAAGAAGAGCAAGCAAAAAGGUUAG